ACCCGGAACACUGCUAACUUGGGCUCGUCGUUGUUGUGAUAGAAACGCAUAACGACAUAAACCAACAGGUCUUUCAAACGUUUCAAUGAAUGGACUCUGCACUAUUUAACGGUUUUUAAAUGUUCUACCUCUCACUCAUCUCCCGGUAGAUCCCGAAGCCCGGUUAGCCUAGCUUAGCUUAGCAUAGUUAGCAUGCUUGUUGGCGACAGAUGACAGGAAAGGGGAACUUGUCGGAGUUGCUGUUCGAUAAGAUUUCCGUGUUUUAAUACAGUUUAAGUGACGACAAGGUCCUUGCUAUAGUGUGAGAAUGUCGUCAGUCGAUAUUAUGAGAGCUUUCGUCUCUCAGAGACUUUCUGUGGCUGCUGAUGAGAUAUUUGGGCUGUUUGAAAGGACAGUAAUGGAGUACGAGGAGAAGCUUCGACGGACGAAAGAGGAAAACCAGCGACAACAGAAACUUCUGGACACCAUUUUAAAGCCCCAGAUUCGUUUACGCAGAGCAGAUGCACAGCAAGAAGAGGAUCCCGCUGAACAACAGGAAUGGAGCUCCAGUCUGGAUCAGGAGGAACCUGAGCCUCCACACGUCAAAGAGGAGGACAAGGAGCAGUGGGGCAAUCAGGAGGGACUGGCGGAGGUUUUCAAUAUAAACUUCCCUUUCACUUCUGCCCCUGUGAAGACAGAAGAUGAUGAAGAGAACAUUCAGUCUUCACAACUUCACGAAAUACAAACUGAAGAGAUGAAAACAAGAGUUGAUAGAGAGGACUGUGGAGGCCCAGAACAGGUCAGGAACUCAGAAGUAGAGAACAAUUUAAAUCAAGAGACCGUGGAAAAGACCGAAGACUCUUGUGAAGUUGAACUGGAGAUCAGCAAUGAUUGCGGGGGGCUGAGAGAACACCAGUCUAGUUUUAACCCUUUGGAGGGCUGUGACACUAAGAGAUCAAAUAGUGACAAAACGUCGCAUAGCUCCUUUAGGUGCAAUACGACAUUCAAAACAGAUCAGGAUUUAAUUCAAGACAUAAGAAUUUCCAAUGAUGAACAGCCCUUCAGCUGCUCUGACUGUGGUAAAAGAUUUAAACGUAGAUCAAUUAUUAAGAAACAUAUGUUGGUUCACACUGGAGAGAAACCCUUUAGCUGCUCUGAGUGUGACAAGAGAUUCAACCAGAAAGCUAACUUAAUCUCACACAUGAGGGUUCACAAAGGAGAGAAACCCUUUAGUUGCUCUGAGUGUGGUAAAGGAUUCAAGCAAAAGGGUAAUCUGAGCAGACAUUUGUUUAGUCACAGAGAAGAGAAACCCUUAAGCUGCGCUGAAUGUGAUAAAAGAUUCAGUCGAAAAACAUGUUUUCUUACACAUAUGAAUAUCCAUAAAGAAAAGAAACCGUUCAGCUGCUCUAAAUGUGAUAAAAGAUUUUUCAAAAAGGCUCAUCUGAAUGCACACCUAUUACUGCACACAGGAGAGAAACCCUUCAGUUGCUCUGUAUGUAACAAAAGAUUCAAUCAAAAGUCCAAUCUGACCACACACAUGGUGAGACAUUCAGGAGCGAAACGCUUCAGCUGCUCUGAGUGUGAUAAAAGGUUCUAUCAGAAGUCUCACCUUCACUCACACAUGUUAGUUCAUGCAAGAAAGAAACCCUUUAGCUGCCCUGAGUGUGAUAAAGGAUUCAGUCAGAGGUCUUAUCUUGAUUCACACAUGGUAAUUCACACAGGAGAGAAACCCUUCACCUGCAGGAUUUGUGCUCAGAGAUUUUCAUGGCGUUUACAGUUAAAAAGACAUGAGUGUGCUGGUGGACAGGCUUCAGAAGCAGGACAUACAAGAGACAAUGAGGAAGUCUGUGCAACACAAGAACCAGGCAGUAGCUUUAUUUGAAAAGUCAAGAAAAGUAUGCCCUCAGUCCUUUCCUCUCCACUUUUCCUUGACUGUAAGAGAAAAUGUCACAGGGUGAAGGAAAAUUGCAGGUAACUACACUUAAACUAGCAAUCUCAGGAUACCAGAACUUUGAACUUUGAUACCAUACCAGUUAAAAUAAUGUGAUUUUGAUGCCUGUUUUGACAUCGCCUGAAAUCCCAAGACUGCUUAAUUUUGUUAUUUUUUCUCAUUUCCAACUACAACAUUAUAAGAGUUUAUUAAAGAGUAAACACAGAUCAACAUUUAACAAUUUAUAGUAAUAAGAAGCAAAAUGCAUAACAUUUUCCUAAAAAAAUAUGAGGCCUACCUAAACUAAUAUAUUUCUGAGAGUUAUCAUUUAUAAAUCAGCAGACAUGCAUGCAGGGAUUCUUCUUUCUUUUUUUCCUUCUUCAUAUUUAGGUAAUAUUACAAGCGUCAGUGUUCACAACAAGCUGUGAGGCUGUCUUCACUCUGUAGGUUUCCAUGUUAAGGAAAACUUACUGGAACCUGGAGACAUCACUGUCUCUCUCCUCGCUCUAUGUGUCCGUAACAGACACUAACACUAAUGUGAAACAAUCAGGAAAUAGCAUGUUUUCUCUCUGUAUUUCUACUUUGUUUUAGCAACAGGACACAGACACUAGCAUUUGUUUGAUCACCCACUGCUGUGCACUUUCUCUCUCUCCUAUGGGUUCAAAUAUGAAUUCAUUUAUGUUUUUUUCUCUUCAACACUUUGUUACUUUGGGUACUAUUGAACGUAAAAAAUAAUGGAUAUUGAAUUUUUUAGAGCAAGAUGUUUUCGAAAUUGUUUUAAAAAAGACAACUUAAACUUGGUAGAUAGAUAAAAGAUAUUUAACUCCCUUUUCACUGUUCUUUUGAAAUUCAGUUGUACUCAUUCUACCUUUAAUUUUAACUCGGUUCUGUGUUGUUAAUGCUUAAGAAUACUAUGGUAUCAUCAGCUGGAAAGUAACAUGUGAAGCACUCUGAAAUGCAAAUAAACA